AUGGCUUCCAAUGCAUCAGACCACCAACAAGGUGAGCAAGUUGCCCUAACAGUUUUGGUGGAAAAGUUAAAAAACAAAGUUCUGUUUGCUGAGUGUGGGAAGGAUUUUGUUGAUGUUCUCUUCAGCUUUUUAACAUUGCCUUUAGGGACUAUUUCAAGACUUGUUGCUAAUGAAUCAAAUAUUAUUGAGGCAAUGACGUUUGGCUGCAUUAGCUCACUCUAUCAAAGUGUGGAAAAUCUUGAUGAACAAUAUCUAUGGAACCACACCUGCAAAGAAAUGUUACUGCAGCCUAGAAACUCUAUGGAAGCAUAUUUCGAGAAGAUGAAACUGAACAUUGAUGGAACAGAAAGCUUACCGGUCUUUAGCUGUGAGGACGAUAAUUGCAGAAGGAAAAAUGGACGCUAUGUGUGUACUUUCAGUGAUCAAAAAUGCAUUUGUGGAAAGCUUUUGAAUGUACUACACCAGUCAAAAUCGAAUAAUAUAGAGAACGGAUUUGUUAAGGAAACAUGUAUUUUUAUUAUCUCUGAUGAUCUUUUUGUGAUGCCUAAUCUUCUUGGAACAAGUUUAGAUCUUCUUCAGAAGCUUGGAAUCAAAGACAUCAAUGCUAUUGAUAAACAAACUGUAAACAUCAGCAAGAAAGAGGCAUGUUCAGUCAUUUUCUAA